AUGCAACUGGGUAUAGAGACUCAAAAUGCUAUAAUGAAUAUUCUAGAGGAGAAGCGCCGCAUACGUCGCGAACGUAACAAAUUAGCUGCGGCACGUUGUCGCAAACGUCGCGUCGACCAAACAAACGAAUUGCAAACAGAAGUUGACCGUCUGGAGGGUAUUCGCGAAACGCUGCAGAAGGAGGUCGAGAGCCUUAAAGUAACCAAGAACCGUUUGGCCUUCAUUUUGGAAGCGCAUCGACCGACGUGCCAGAAGAUACGACAAGAUCUAUUGAGCGUACAUACCUACGAUGGCCUAAUUGCGCCAGCGAAUAGUAACAGCAACGACAGUAACAGCAAUAUCAUUGGAGUUGAUACGACGCUAUCGUCUGUGGGACGCAGUGGCUCGCCCAUCGAUCUCAAGCCCAUCAUUUUAGACAUUGUGCCGCACAUCAAGCACGAACCUUUGGAUAGUGCGCUCGACUCAAACUCGUCCCUGGAUCAUGACGGCCCACCAUCGCCCAAGCGCAUGCUACUCUCCGACAAUAAUCCGAUGGUACAGCCACCUUUACCGAAUGUAGCCACACUAUCGGCUUCAUUGGCUGCGGCCUCGGCAUCCUUAAAUACACCCAUUGUGACGUCGGCACCAGUGAGUUUCGCCAGUUUCGUCGCAGGCAAUAGUAUGGCCAACAAUAAUAACAACAACAACAUCAUUGCGACCAGCAUUGCUAUAACAGGCACAUUAGCUGCACCGAAUAGACCACUAUUGUGUAGCAGCAAGCAGCGUCCCAACUCGUUGCCCACAAACCUACGCAAUCAGGCACAAAAUCUCGCUUUAAAUACAGAGCGUCCGCCAACGGACAUCAAUGGUGUCGCCAUACAAACACCAUCAACAGGCAUGUUCAACUUCGACUCGCUAAUGGAUGGUGGCACCGGUCUGACACCCGUCUCGGGACCACUGGUGCCGACUUGCUCGUCGCAAAACAAACAUCCAUUGGAAAUGCAGACACCUACAAGUGAGCCAUCGAAAUUGGUGAGCUUAUAACAAUAAGGAGCACAGAAAGGAAGGAAAAUGGACGUAGGCUGGCGGCACCGGCGGCGGCUGAAGCGUUGUUGUGAAGGGCCGUGGCGUGGUAGAAGGGCAGGAGAAAGGGAAAUGCGCCAGUCGAAUAAUGACAUUUUUUCCAAGAGUAUUGUGGUAUUGUGUUAGUGAAGCUUACACGUUUAUAAA